AUGGCUGACGAAAGUGAGGCUGAUGCCGGGGGUUUCGGUUUAAAUGCUGAAAAUUCAAGCCGUAUCGAGGAGAUAAGACGAACAGCACCGACGUUUAAUCCUGACGAUCUGUACUAUGAUAUGAGUGGAGAGAAAUAUUUGUAUAUUUUCAAUCAUUACAUGUACAAGAAAACACGAUAUUUUAAUAAUUCGCGUCCCAGUACAAGAGAAGGAACACAAAAAGAUGUGAGCAGACUUACGGAAGUCUUCGAAAAUCUAGGUUUUCAAGUGACGACCUAUAAUGAUAAGGAACACGGGCAGAUUAUAGAAACAGUUGCGGAUAUCAGCAAAAAGGACCACAAACAAACGUCAUGUAUAUUCUUCGCAUUUAUGACGCAUGGCGACUCCGGUGGGGAGCUGCACGCAGCUGAUAGACCGUAUCUCUUGAAAGAUGUAUUGGUUUUGUUGGAGCAUGGCCACGCUUCUCUGGUUGCUAAACCUAAAGUUCUGUUCGUUCAGGCGUGUAGAGGCAAUAAAGUGGAUGAUGGGAGGCGAGUGGAGCUAGACAGCUCGGGCGUUUCAUACGUUGUGCCGACUCAUUCAGAUUUCUUGGUGCUUUAUUCGACGGUUGAAGAUUACCUCAGCUAUAGGGACAUCAACGGGUCAUUUAUGAUCCAAGACCUUUGCGAUAUUAUUGUUGCAUACCAUAAAGAAUACGAUCUGUUACAUUUGGUAACACUACUCCACAAUAGAGUCGCGCACCACAGAUCUACAUACUCCCCGAAACGGCUCGAACACCACGAUAAGAGACAAAUGCCAGAAACACGGUAUACUCUGACCAAGCUUCUGAAGUUUUAGCGGUGGUUAAGGUACAAGAACAUUUCGGUCUAAAUAAAUUCGCGCCAAAAAGUAUGACAUGACAAGGACGCCAUUUUGAUUAUAAAUUAGUUAUUAUGUACAACUAAUAAUACUACAUAUUUGUUAAAUUAUCAUAAAUAUUUA